AUGGCAGAUCAAUGCAAUAAUCCCCGAGGGGUGAUUGUUCUCUUGGAUCCUGUCACGGAAUGGAAGGCUGUGUUGGAUGCUGCAGUAAGACUGGGGUAUCUCGUCAUUGGCGUCCAGCUAUCUCCCAUUCCAGAAGCUAUGCGUGCCUUUUUUCCAACGACAUCCAUGCUGGAAGAUGCUGGAGCCAGUCGAGCGUUGGAUCGACAAGAUCGAGAUGUAUUUUCCUGCGUACAGGCCUUGAUGCUUGCCGUAGAAGAGCUGCAGACCGAUAAGGAUAUAGAAAGUCUAAGCAUCAGAGCAAUGAUUCCAUUGUCGGAAACGGGAGUUGAUUUCUCCGACACGAUUUCCGCCAUGCUUGGAUUGACCAACCACAAUCCACUCGACUCGGUUCUCUGUCGACGUGACAAGGGGUUCAUGAAGCAAGCUGUUGCAAAACAGAGUGGCCUGCAAGUUGCCAAGUUUGCACGGAUUGGGAAGAAUGCACAACGAGACCUGGAAGCCAAGAUGGAUGCAUUGUCGUUGGAAUAUCCAGUAGUGAUCAAAACUCCACAGGGCUUCUCCACGAAAGAUGUAUACAUUUGUACCAAUUUAGACGAUGCUCGUACCGCCUUGACAAACAUAUUCGACAACCAAGGACCUGAUGGGAGGGCUGCUCCAUGUGCCCUGCUGGAAGAAUACAUUGGCGGGACCGAGUUUGCUGUCAACCUUUUGGCCAGUAGGAAGAACCAGACCGGUGCAGCAGGCUUGAUUGUAACAGAUGUAUGGGUAUACGACAAGACAAACACAGCACGAUACAAUGGAGCUGAAAUGUGCGACCCCAAUGAUCCCACGUUGAAGGAAAUCUGUGAUUAUGCCAAGGGGGUAGCCAGAGCUGUGGGGAUUGAAUAUGGCGCUGCUCAUGUUGAAAUCAAGGCCAAGCAAAUAUCCAACCCCAAAGACAUCAUCUACACACAUCCGGUCAUGAUGGAGAUCGGGGCCCGGCUGUCGGGAGGGCGAAAAGCCAUCAUGACACAGGCUGCCUACCAGAAUCAGUGGGAUCCAUUCGAGGCCUUGAUCCAGUCUCAUUUGGGUGAACUUGACGACACGACACUGUCCUCUCCUCCGUUGCAUGUCUACCACAUGUUUCUUCCCGUGGAGAAAGCUGGUCGAAUCAAGGAACGAAAUUCCAUCUUGGAUGAUACUGGCAAAGCAGACAAUCCAAUAGAAACACUCCAUUCUCAUUUUUGGCUAGCAAAGGUAGGAGACCAUGUCCAGGAAACGACGGACAUAACUUCGUGCGCUGGCUUUGUGUGGCUUGUGGGAGAAAAGUCCAAAGUCAGGAGAGACGCCACCUUGAUCCUAGACUCGUUCAAACUAGAGACCGAAGACGAGGCAUAA